GUCUCCGUCUCCGGUGAGCGAGCAAGAGCGGAGGGGAGGGAGGAGAGGAGGCCGAGAACCGCAGCAGCUCAAGCAGCCGCGGAGCCAAAGCCCGGCCGAUCCGGUCGCUGCUUGCCUCUCAGGUCCCCGCACCAUUGCCAGUUCUGCUCUCAGAUUCACGAGCUUGUCUCCCAGAUCCAGCUUCGCCCGCCCGAAUUCUGUUUAUUGGGAGCAAAGAGGUGCUGGUCGGCGGCGUGGUUAGGUUGGUUGCGCCGGGGAGUUUCUGGUUCUCCUCCGCUUGUUUUCCUGGUGCGGCGGUGGAGAUGGGGGUGGCGGGGGAGAAGUUCCAGCUGGGGACGGUGGGGGCGCUGAGCCUGUCGGUGGUGUCCUCGGUCUCCAUCGUCAUCUGCAACAAGGCCCUCAUGAGCUCCCUCGGCUUCAACUUUGCCACUACUUUGACGAGCUGGCAUCUCCUGGUUACGUUCUGCUCUCUCCAUGUGGCGUUAUGUAUGAAGCUCUUUGAGCACAAACCUUUCGAUGCAAGAACUGUCAUGGGAUUUGGAGUGCUCAAUGGCAUCUCAAUUGGACUUCUCAACUUAAGUCUAGGUUUCAAUUCUGUUGGUUUCUAUCAGAUGACAAAGCUGGCUAUUAUUCCCUGUACUGUUAUAUUGGAGACCCUUUUCUUCAGGAAGAAAUUUAGCCGGAAUAUCAAACUCUCACUUAGCGUGCUCCUUCUUGGUGUUGGUGUCGCAACUGUGACUGAUUUGCAACUCAACACUGUGGGAUCUGUACUGUCCCUGCUGGCAAUCAUCACAACCUGUAUUGCUCAAAUUAUGACAAAUACAAUACAGAAGAAGUUCAAGGUGUCUUCAACCCAGCUUCUGUAUCAAUCAUGCCCGUACCAAGCAUUGACCUUGUUCCUUGUUGGUCCAUUCCUUGAUGGAUUUUUGACUAACCAAAAUGUCUUUGCUUUCGAUUACACUACUCAAGUUCUGUUUUUCAUUGUGCUGUCAUGCCUGAUUUCAGUCUCAGUAAACUUCAGCACCUUCCUUGUGAUUGGGAAGACAUCUCCUGUAACUUACCAAGUCCUUGGGCAUUUGAAAACAUGCUUGGUUCUCACCUUUGGCUAUGUACUGCUUCAUGAUCCAUUUAGCUGGAGAAAUAUACUGGGAAUCCUAAUUGCUGUGAUUGGGAUGGUUUUAUAUUCAUACUUCUGCACUAGAGAGACCCAGCAAAAACCUGCAGAAGUCUCUCCGCAAGUCAUUCAGGGGAAGGAGAGUGAGUCAAACCCGUUGAUCUCAGACUCUUUAAAUGCUGCUGAAAACGGGGGCAGUACCCCAGAUGAUGAACCCCUGAAGGUACCAAUGUGGAGCUCGAAGUACUCAAGGGCGUGAAGAUUGCUCUGUCGUUAGUGUAUGGUAUUAUACAGAAUUCAGUUUAGUAGGCAGAUACCAGGGUUGGAAGGCAACCCUGUUCCUGUUGCAUUUUUGGCAUUUUUUGUCUGGGUUAUAUUAUAUGUACUGUUGGUAAAUGGAUCUCACUAGUGAGAGGAUACUAUUGCUUCCUCUAUUCCAGACGAUUGAUCUGAAUGAAUGCGCUACAUGCUGUAACUUGGCAGCUGGACAUGAUACAGAAAGUAGUUUACAUUCUUUUGUGCUACCAAA